AACGUCAGGACAAGGGUCAUUGAGUCAUUGACAAUUGAUCAAAACUCCACAAAGGCAAGGCUGGCAGAGCAGCUGAUUCAGGUCCAGCAGGACCCAGUAUAGUACCCAAGAGGAUCCAGUAGCAAUCAGAGGUGAGAAACUGCCUUGCAGCCUGUUUGGUCCCAGCACCCCGAUGGAUCCGUCAGAUGAUAUCAGGAAGUUGGAGGGCCACUUGGAGCUGAUCGAGAACAUCCUCGCCCAUGCAGGAGAUGAUGCUGACGGUGCCCAGAUGGUCAAUGAACAGUUCCAAGCCUGUAAUGAGCUGCGGCCGAAUCUGGAAACUGCAGCCGAGAUUGUUCUCGACCAGGAUGAUGGGGCUGCGCUUUUCAGCCAGAUCACCAAUGUGCUGGAAAGACUUGAGAACAUGGAGAGGGAAUGGAAGACGCGCAAGAACUCCCGGCCUCGCGUUCUGUCAGAGACUUCUGCAGCGCCCUCAGUGCCUCCACCACCCAUAGGGACCACUGGGACGCAAGGCAGUGGUGCAUCACAGCCUUUUCCAGCAGCAUCACCUGUGUCUAGCGAUCACAAGUCUGACAAAGAGAAAGACGGUGCAUCCGGUGCCUUUCCAUCCUUUCCAGCUUCGAGUUGGCCACAAGAAACAGCCGGUGGCGCUUCGAACUUCGCCGCCUUCGACUCCACGUGGGGCAACUGGGGCGAUGCUUCGGCUUCCGCGUGGCCGGCAGAAGCCACGGCCACGGGCAGCGCCAGCCUGGCACCGUUCCCCACCGCAGGCUUCGACGCGGGCGGCGGAUGGCCGGCGGAGGAGAGCGGCGCGGCUGCCGCAGCUGGUGGCACAGGUGGAGCGAUGGCAGCCGCGUCAGUUCCGCCAGGUCCAGGUCUGGCGACAAAUGCGACGCCGUCGCCCACAGCCUCCCCGGCGGUGAAAGCUCGACAACCACAACAGGUGGGACAGAUGGGACAACUUGGAGGACUCGGAGGACUCGGAUCUGGGUCCAUGCAGUCUUUGUCCUCAAACACCUCCACGUCCUUGCAACUUCACAUCAAGUGUUCUGGCUCUGACUUGGAAGAAGUUCAGCGAGAUCAAGAUCGCUUCAAGCAACGCUUCGUGCGAGCUGCUGCCAAAGCUGCAGGAGUGCCAGAAUACAGAAUCCGGGUCAAGAAUAUCACAAAUGUUUGAAUGCAAAUGUGGGUCUCAAAGGAGUGGUUUCGCCUAUAUCCUAUUGAACUUGUUGACGAAGGUUUGGAAGAUGUACUUUUGGAUCAUGAGUCAUGGCUUUCUAUGUUUCCCGGAUAUGCCAAAGCUUCUGCUAGUUGCUAACGCUCAACAUUUUUCAGGCGUCAUUUCCUGUCAAAACGCCUAAGCUGCUCCGGAAUACGUCCAAAGGUAUGUCUCACCCACCCGCAGCGUCUCUUGAAAUGGGAAAAGGAUGGAA